GCACCUCAUUGACGACAGAGUCAAUCAAACGAGGAUAAUAUUCAGAAUCAGUUUAUCACGGAAGAGUGUGACAAUCGUGUCUUCACAUUGAUUUUGUGGUGAAGUCUUCUUAAGGCUAAGGUUCAGUGGUCUUGUCUACUCAAUUUUAACGUCUCAAAGAUGCUUACAUCGUGGAAACUUUGUUGUGCGAGGAUACCGCAGCGAUGGGUAUUCACAGUGAUGGGAUGUUUGGCAGGUGUGAACGUUUGCACCAUGCGAAUAUCUCUGUCACUAGCGAUCACGCAGAUGGUCGUAUCUGCGGAAACUUCAAACAGUACGAGUUCGGACGAAAUUUGUCCAGCAUCCGAUUCGACAACCUCGGGUACCGGUAGCGGUGGCAGUUACGAAUGGGAUUCUUAUACACAAGGAGUGAUUCUAUCGAGCUUCUACUGGGGUUACGUGUUCACUCAAAUUCCGGGUGGAAUGCUGGCUGACAAAAUUGGCGGAAAGUACGUCCUGGGUCUGGGUAUCUUCACGAGUGCCAUAUUCACUCUUCUGACACCGGUGGUGGUCGAAGCGUUCGACUCGACGGGUCUGAUAGUCCUCCGUAUCCUGAUGGGCUUAGGGGAGGGAACAACUAUACCAGCAAUGGGGGAGCUCAUAGCCCGAUGGUCUGCGCCGGGCGAAGAGUCGAUCAUCGGAACGGUAGUGACAUCAGGAAUCUUGCUUGGAAACAUGCUGGGCACGGCGCUCUCCGGAGUUCUGAUCCAAAAUUCAUCCAUGGGUUGGCCGCUGGUAUUUUACGUCUUCGGUGCAGCCGGUGUGCUCUGGUUCUUUGCGUGGGUCUUGCUCUGCUACAACAAUCCGGACGUUCACCCCUUCAUAACCGAGUCGGAGAAGAAUUUCUUGCGGAAAGCGACAAACUGCAAAAAAGAGCUGGUACCGACACCCUGGCGACACAUUCUGACCUCAGUUCCAGUCUGGGCUAUGGUGGGUGCGGGUAUCGGGCACGGGUUCAGUCAUUUCACCAUGAUGACUGACCUUCCUCUUUACAUGAGCAACGUCCUCAACUUCUCGAUUCAGUCAAACGGCUUUCUGUCGGCUCUUCCGUACCUCGUUAUGUGGAUCGCGAGCAUUGCGUCGUCAUGGGUUGCCGACUGGUUCAUAAAGACACGGAAAAUGAGUAUCACGAACGUCAGGAAGUUUUGGACCACCGUCGCCUCGGUCCUGCCGGCCAUUUUCAUCAUCACGGCUUCCUACGUUGGCUGCAACCGCGUCGUUGUCAUCGUUCUCUUUGUGCUCGGCACGGGUUUCAUGGGCCCAUAUAACACCGGGGUGCUUAUUAACUCAAUGGAUUUGAGUCCCAACCACUCUGGAACCGUCAUGGCAAUUAUGUUGACGACCGCUAGUCUGACAGGGAUAGCCGCUCCGUAUCUCGUCGGCGUUCUAACGCCGAAUCAGACGCUUUCCGAGUGGAGAGUCGUAUUCUGGAUCUGCUUUGGCUUCUUUUUACAGUCGAAUAUCGUCUUCGUUAUCUGGGGCGACGGAGAGAUUCAGUACUGGAAUGACCCUGAUUUUCGACUCGGACUUGACAAACAACCGGUGACGGAACCAAAAGUUGAAAACGAUACAAAGUCAGACGUGACGGUUGAACUGCGGUCAAGUUAAAUGGAGAUUCUCACGCCAGAAUGCCUUUUAUUCAGUAUCGGAUAGCCUCGAAUUGAAAAAUACUUAAUCCUCGAUCAUCUCACAAUUUUUUUUCACCCCUCCAUCCUCCAUUUUCGAUGGAAACGUUUUACUAUUGGACUAAUCGAGAUUCAUGGUCUGAUUCACUAUCCUCUGGACACAAGCAUGUGUACAUCGGUAAUCCUCGAAAAUGUCAAUUGCAAAUCAUGAGCUACCAACAUUGCAUAUGAGCACAAUUAAAUUCAAAUCCAAAUUCGCACUUGGCAAUUGGGCUUUUAACAUACACAAAGUUCAAAUUCCAGUAUCAACAGUGAAAACAAAUUCAUUAUCAAUAUUUGCGUAGCUUGAAACAUGAGAAGUUACAUUUGCUUGUUCUUAUCACGGUUUUAAAAUAAUCUCCAUAUUAUAUCUCAUUCACAGCAAAGAUCAACACGCAAUGAUUUUGUUUCAAAUAUUUGUUUAAACUGCAAGUAUUGAAACAUUGCACAAUGAUCGAUUUUUCUUCUCUGUUUCCUAUUUUUUUGCAAAAAUUAUAACGCUGUGAAACUGUCAAAUACUUUGAAACGUUUCACAAUGUUCAAUUGAAUAUAAAAUUCAGGUGUAAGAAAAACAGAAAUGCUGAAUCGUUAUUUACACAUCAAGCGUUGUUUUCAGAUGAAUAUGAAUUCAAAAGAAGAAACAAAAAGCAGGAAUUAAAAUUCACAACGAAACAGAUAGCCGGAUUGAUUUUAUUGCAGUCACGAGAUAGCGCAAUCUUUAUUGCCACCAUUCGCAUUGCAUCGGAUCCGGAGAUAAGUAACGUCUUGAAUACCCUUGAAUGGGCGCAUAGAAUCGUAAGUCGAUUAUGACAGAUCUGCGCGAUUGAUAAUAUCCGUGUAAUCAACAAAAAAAAAAAAAGAUAAACAGAUGAGAUGCAGAAGAUAUAGCCAGCAAAAAAUCGACCGACUGAUUUAUUAACCGAUUAAUUUGGCUAAUCGUGCGGGACAAUGUUCUUAAAAAAUUUAUUAAUUUUAAAUUUGACUUAUCUAAAGCAAUAUUUUCACCUAGAAUAUUAGCCCUGCGAGCGAAAAUUUAUAUCCAACUUUCAAAAAUGAUCCAUACUAAUUACGUCCGUGAUCGCUAAUCCAUCGAAUAUUUUACACCAUUAUUUAUAACAAUAUGAACUUGUUAAUAAUUUU